GGCGGCGAGGGGGCCGCGGAGCCGGCGGGGGAGGCGCAGGGGCGGCUGCUGGCGGCGCAGGAGACCUUCUUCCAGGAGCUCUUCGAGGGCGAGCUGGCGUCGCAGGCCAGCGCCGAGUUCGAGCGGGCCAUGGAGGAGCUGGCGGCCGAGGAGCCCAUGCUGGUGCAGCAGUUCCAGAAACUCUCGGCGGCCGCGGGCAGAGUCGGGAGCGACCCAGCGUCCCGCCAGGAGUUCACCUCCUGCCUGAAGGAGACGCUCAGCGGGCUGGCCAGGAACGCCGACGGCCUGCAGAGCUCCGGGGUGUCGGAGGAGGAGCUGAGCCGGACGAUGGAGGGGCUCGGUCUGGAGGAGGGGGACGGUGGGGAAGGCAGCCUGUGGCCCAUCAUGCACAGCAUCAUGCAGAACCUGCUCUCCAAGGACGUCCUCUACCCCUCCCUCAAGGAGAUCACGGAGAAAUACCCAGAGUGGCUCCAGAGACACCGAGAGUCCUUGCCCAAGGAGCAGUACGAGAAGUACCAGGAGCAGCAGAGGGUGAUGGGAAGGAUCUGCGAACAGUUUGAGGCCGAGCAGCCCACCGAUGGGGACCCAGAGCACAGGGCCCGCUUUGAGACCAUCCUGGACCUGAUGCAGCAGCUGCAAGACCUGGGACAUCCUCCCAAGGAGCUGGCCGGAGAGUCGCCUCCUGGCCUGAACUUUGACCUGGAAGGACUGAAUCUGCCUGAUGCCGGAGGUGCGGGAGGCGAGCAGUGCCAGAUCAUGUGACCUGCUCUCGUGCCAGGGAGACUGAGGAGUUGGGAGGGCGCUGUGGUGGGUCGAGGUGUUUGUGUCUUUUUUUUUUCCUGUUUUCCGUCAUCACCAGGUGCCUGAGGCUGCCUGCCUUGGCUCAACCCGGCAGGCGUUUGUGCAGGGAUCCCACCAGGGACUUAGCAAGGCAGAGUUAUGACGCCCCGAGGUCAGGUGCCCAUCUUGGCCUCUGAAGAGACGGAUCGGCCCUGGAGGCCCCGGGAACGUCCCUUCCCUUGGGUUGAUGGACGGGCUCUCUCGGAUGAGGUUGCUCUCAAUGAAACAAUCGGGCCGAGGGAGGAGGAGGAGGAGGAGGCAGUGGCUCAUGAGAGCCCUCUGGGUGAAGGGAGACCUCCGGUGCCCAUUCCCCGAGCCCCAACUCUGCUGCUCUCCUCAGGCAGCUCCACCUGCGACCCUCACUCCAGUGCUCCGUCAAAGGUCUCUGGAUCAGGGGGCCUGAGCCCCCUUUCGACAAUGCCAGGCAAGCUGACCACAUCAGCGUGAGCCUUUUUUUGCCGUAGCCCCAAGUAUUAACAUUCCCCUGCCCCCCCCGUUAGUCCUGUCGCUUUGUGAGAACUGCCUGUAUGGGGAAGGAUAGCUAGGAAGCAGGCCGACUCUGUCCACUGGCCACAGGGGCGUUUCCUUUCUGCUAGCGGCUGAUGGUGCAGGAGAGCCGCCCUCCUUGGCCGGGUCUGGCCGGACUGAAUGAGAAGGGCGAUUCUUGAAAUAAAAGGUGGAGGUUGAUGGUUUGAA